CGAACCGGUUAUGCCCUGAAGCGCUUGUUUUGCUCGUGUUGUGGCCAUUGACUGUUUCUGUGAGUCCGGACUGAGCGAAGCCUCGGUAAAAUCCGCUUACUCGCACGAGGUUGUAGUAUUUUCGUGGCUGGAUGUGUCUUCCUUUCUUACGCACAGUACCGCUUAUAAAGGCGUAAAAAGUGAAGGGUAAUCGUAAAAAUACCCUUCGUGAGGUGCCAGGUCAGAGUUGGGGCUCAGCCAGGCCCUGUGUGUGUGUUGCAACCGCCUAAACGUUGACAGGAGAAACGUUGCCCAGAAAGACGACCGGAUUACAUCAUCACUGUCUCGGGGUUCCCAGUGUGGCCCCGCGGCUUGGUCUGUGUGGUUGUGACCGUGGCUGGCUAGAAGGGCAGCGAGAGAGUUGUGUGAUGCGGCGUUAUAUUGAUUUGCCAAGGUUGUGCUUCUCUUACUAUUGUCUGGUGCAGCUGGAAGGCUACUAAACUUCACCGACUCACGCUUCACCUCACCUCUCCUCUGCAUGUCUGGCGGCGCCCCGACCUUCCUGCGGAUAUUGACCUAUUGAGUCCUUGAGGGUUCAUCACACACCUGUUUUUGCUCGCGACUGUUCAUCAUACACAUCUGGCUUUGACUUUGCAUAUGAUUGUACUGUACUGUGCUCUACGUGGUGUUCUUAAGGAGGUGUUCAAUGUAAGUGGAUUUUAAGCGUGUGUGUGUGUCUUCGUUUUUGGCUGUGUUUGUGUUGGCGUGAAAUUUCGGCAUCACGUGGUUAUGACAUAAUUUACCUGUACCAAGAUCGUGGCGAAAGGUACAGGUAUCUCUUGAAGGUGAAUGCAACCCCGCUCAACUCUCAUAAAGCCUCAGACACAACGAAUAACUGAUUAUUGGCCGUGGGAAGAGAUGAAUAAGACACAAACAAACAAAAAACUAACCACCGUUCACAUCCGCUAAAAAGUGUCGAAAGUUAAUCAUCGAACAGGGAAAGGACACAGUAACAUUCAAUCGCCCAACACCGCCGCUUAAAGACGACAACAUAAGCAACACAUGCUCGAGUGUUGGCGGUGUGGCCGAUAACGUGUGGAGGUCGGUGUUGCGAGGCCCGGAGGAGUAACACUUUGAGUCUGCAGGGUGUGGGCGAGGGUGCGGGCUGCUGCUGCUGGUGCUCCUCCUGCUGGUGGUGUUGGUGCUGCUGCUGCUGUUAGCGUGUUGUUGAAGAAGCCCGAGAUGGAUUGGUACACGGACUGGCCUCACACGCUGGUGGGCCUCACGCUGGGCGCCGGCUGCCUCCUCUAUUACCUCUUCGAUGCUGCUAAGGUGCCGGUAGUGGCUUGUCGGCGCGGCGCGUGGCGGGGCUUCCUGGAGCAACACCUCACCAUCCUGCAGGAGAGGUACUGGCCCACGCCCUGGUGCUAUGAGUCCCGCUGCCAGACCAUCAUGGCCUCCGUGCUGCGGGCCAGGCUGCCGGACGUAAAAUACAAAAGGGAGAUGCUGGAGCUAAAGGACGGGGGUCAGGCGUGUCUGGACUGGCUGGACGACGGGCUGGAGGGGGAGGACGCGCACCCCACCGUGCUCAUCCUGCCGGGCCUCACGGGCUCCUCCCAGAGCGAGUACGUCAAGAGCUUCGUCUUAGCCGUGCAGGAGUCCGGCGCCCGAUGCGUCGUCUUCAACAACAGAGGCCGCGGCGGCGUUCAGCUCAAGACCGCUCGGACGUACUGCGCGGCGAACAGCGACGACCUAGAGGAGGCGAUCCAGCACGUGCACAGGAGGUACCCGCACGCGCCGCUCAUGGCCACGGGGAUUUCGCUUGGGGGUAUGAUCUUAGGUAACUACUUGGUGACGCGACAGGAACGAGCCGCAGAACACCUCGUGGCCGCCAUGGUGCUCUCAAUCCCCUGGAACGUGUUCGUGGGCACGCAGAGCCUCGAGAAGCCCCUCUGGAACCUGCUCCUGAACCGCCACCUCGCCAGCUGCCUCUGCGAGUCCAUCAGGAGCAUGAGGAAGCAGCUGGAAGGGAACCACAACUGGGACCUGGACCACGUUAUGAAGAGCAAGACGAUUCGGGAAUUCGAUUCGCGGUUCACGGCGGUCCAGUUCGGGUUCCGGGACGUGGAGGACUACUACCGCACAGCUUGCCUGCACGACAAGCUCCACCUCAUCCGCGUGCCGCUCGUCUGCCUCUCCGCCGCCGACGACCCCUUCCAGCCCCUGCAAGGCAUCCCAGUCGAGGCCGCCAAGAAGUCUAGUCACGUGGCGAUCGUGGUGACCUCUCGCGGCGGGCACAUCGGCUUCAUGGAGGGCGUCAUCCCCACCAACACCUACUACAGCGACCGCCUCUACAAGCAGCUCGUGUCCGGCGUGUUUUCCAACCUCGACCACAUGCAGGACGUGCAGGCCGAGGCGAUGAAGAACGCCAAGCCCGCGAUGGGGGUGCCCGCUGACGAGGAGCAGUACGAGGCCCCGAAAGUACCUGCCACAGCAUCACCCUUGUCAUAAUGCUUUCCACGCCCUAGCUUAUUAUUAUUGUUAUUAUUAUUAUUGAUUGUAUUCGCUAGGUAAAAGCUGAAUGUACAGUCGGCAAAAGAAAUAUCGAACACCCAUCGGUCGAUUGCAUAUAAUUUGAGGAAUAUCUAUAAACUGUGUUGGUUCGGUUAGCUUCAAACGGUCCAUGGGUGUUCAUACUUUUUUGCCGACUGUACGUACGAUAGCGAUUCUAUAUUAUUAAAUCCGUGGCCGAUCUCUUCCCCGCGCACUUCGGUUACCGUCGCAAAGUAAUGUUUCGUGAGGCAUCAAGCGAACUGUCCAGGAAAUCGCGGUGACUCGAGGUACUCUCCCAGCCAACACCUUACCACUUUAUAGCUAGACCUUUACGUAACCUGCGUCGGGCUAGCACGUGUGUAAUUAACGAUAAUGAGUACAAUUAGAGCAAUAAAAGGGCUUACUUAUUUUCUACUCUACUGAUAACGAACGAAACUUGGCUGUUGUAGAAAUCGGCUCUUUGAAUCACACAACGGAGAACAAAAACUCAGGACACUUCCGUUGCCAGUAUGAAGUUGAAUCACCAUUCCCCUCUCUUCUCGUUUCUUCUCUUUUUCUCCUCUUCUUUAUUUUCCCUUUUUUUUCCCUUUUUUUUAUCUUUCCUCCUCUCUUCUCUCAUUUCUCUGCCUUGGUAAUUUGAUAUUUCAUUGAGAUUCCACUUUAGUCCUUUUUGUAAUGCUGAACGUAACUUUCUCUUCUUUUCUUCCGCAUUCUCUGCCUCAGUUAUUUAAUAUUCCGUAUAGAUUUCACUCGUUCAGUUUAUGUAAUAUUGAACGUAACACUCCCGGUGCGUCAUGUAUGUUGUAGUUAAUUUAUGUAUGGGCGUUUAUGUAAUAGUUUUACCAGUGUUGUCCACAAUACGAGCCACAGACACAGCGAACACAGGUGCACAAGGUGAGAAAAGAGCAGUCAUAGAAAACCAAGGAUAUAUAUAUAUGUAGCAACUAGUCACAAAUAUGUCCAUUCGUAAUUCAAUGAUUGGUGGAUUGGUUGAAGGUGUGACGCAAGGCUGCAACGGAGGUUGAUAUGGUUUAGAAGUGCAGAUGAGUGAAUGGAACAUGCUAUACAAGUUCUACCGUGCACAAAGUUACUACUGAUUGGGAAGUAAGCCAGUGGAGGUUUUAGAUUCACUGCCGAACUUGUCACUUUAUAAAACACUGCCGCUGUGUGAAGUGUCGGUUAUACGCUCAUGGCUGUAACUGAACCGAAAUCACGCCUGUAUGGAUAUCUACACACACUGAGAAGGCUUUGAUGUAUUUAAAAGCGUUAGAACUGAGUACGAUUUCUGCUUUAUUAUUAUGUCAUGUGUUCCUACGCUUAUUCGUCUUCUGGUAGUGUAGGCUUGUUACAGACAUUAGGGAAGGAAGGGAUGCAGAGUAAUGAAGCAACCGGUUCCUCACGAUUGCACCCGUAGCGCUAUGAUUUUAUGUUUAUGAGAAAUACUAGCCAUAGGUUAAAGAGUAGUAUUGGGAGAGUGAAGGAUUCUGAAAUGAAAAGGGAAAAACAAGAAAAUAAUAAGUAAAUGAGAAAUGGAAGACGAUGCAAAGUAAAAUAGAAAUAUCAGCAAUGAAAAUGCUGAAUGUGCACAUUAACCGAAGUGAAUACAAUGAGUCCGGAGAUUACAAAUAUGAAUUAGCAGUAAGAGAAAAAAAAAACGGGAAGCUGGUAUACAUAAAGUGAUCGAACAAAAGGAUACGAAAGCCAUGUUGAGAGGUAAUAAGGUCGGUAUUAUGAGACAAUUUCGCUUCUCGCAUCAGCUAUUUAUAAGGUCAAAGAGAGGAUCAGUAAAGUUCUAAUGAGUGUUUUUAUUUAGGUUUGUGCCACUGAAGAAGGGUCAAACUACCACCAGGGUCAUAAAAGUACUCCUGGAAAUGCCCCAAACUCCUACGAAAGCCUUGUCAAAUGUAUGUACUUGGGCGACGAAAUGUUUAGUAAUACGGACCUAAGUUAGUAAGAAUCGAGGGAGCGGUGCAGCAGCUUCCUCGAGGAGUAGUGGAGUGUGUGGGGUGAAUAUCAAUGCAAUAAAUACGUCAGACGGGGUUUGCUUCUCAAUUGCCAUGAGGAGGAACGCUUGGCUAGGGACGUGCUAGUCGCUGCGAAGCUUCUAACGUUGUAGGAAUCACAGGCGUCGUUAGCUUGCAGGAAGUAUACGAACAACUCUAUUCUAAACUCUCCAACUCGCGUUUUCCAUAGUAUGCAUUUAUUUUUUUCAUCACAGUUUUAAGGCCACACAUCCUCGAGUAGGUGAUGUACAUGAAGUAGUGUGUAUGACUCAUAACUUCAGAUCAGUUUGUUAUUACAUCAUCAUGUAGGCUAAGUAGGAACUCGUUGUUAUUUGUUACUACAAGAAAGUCAUGGAAUACACCGAAAUAUUUAUGGA